UAUUAUUUUUAUAGCUAUAUACAAAUGAACUAAAACUUAGAAAUUUAAUAUUUUUAGACCUGUGGCUAUAACUGAAAGAAUUUGCGCUAUCUUUCUUGCAACUUUUGCACGUUAAGCUGUUAUUCUCCCUCUUUUCUUUUUAUUAUUAUUAUUUUUAUUUUAUUAUUUUUAUUUUUUUGUAUCGUUUGAAAUCAUGUGGACUUUUUUGGGAAUAGCGAGCUUCACAUACGUGUACAAAAAAUGCGACGUGUUUGUGUUUCUGCUGGCGAGAACUGCGGUUGUUUUCCUGGCAGUGGGAGCAAUACUCACCUUCUUCAGGUACCGGGGUCUAAAAACCCCCCAAAUAUUACAGUUACCGCUGGAAAUCUUCUCAAUUCUGCCUUUCACUAAUAAAAUCAUCCACAAGUUAGACAUUUAUCAAAGAAACAACGCAGCAGGGGCGAACAAAGAGGGAGGCACCAGGAGGAAACGCGUAAGAACCGAUGAAGAAGCAGUGCAUGCAGAAAGUACCUCAGAGUGUGCAUGGUCUGCUGAUCAGGAGACAGACGUCAUCAUCGUGGGUGCCGGCGUGCUGGGUUCUGCCUUGGCGGCCGUGUUGGCACGAGAUGGCAGGAAGGUUACCGUAGUGGAGCGAGAUCUGCGUGAGCCGGACAGAAUCGUGGGAGAACUUUUGCAGCCAGGUGGCUAUCGGGCUCUCAGAGAGCUGGGGCUGGAGGGUGCAGCAGAGGGCAUGGAUGCUCAUGUGAUCAGUGGGUAUGUAGUCCACGACACAGAGAGUCUCUCAGAGGUGGAGAUCCCUUACCCACAAGACGAGUGUGGCGUUCAGAGCGGCCGAGCCUUCCACCACGGUCGCUUUAUUACAGGCCUGCGACGUGCUGCUCUUGAAGAACCCAAUGUGAAGUUUGUGGAGGGCACUGUAACCAGUCUGCAGGAGGAGGACGACUGUGUGACGGGAGUUCAGUAUCGUGAGAAGGACACUGGGAAAAUCAAGGAGAUCCAUGCUCCUCUGACGGUAGUCGCUGAUGGCUGUUUCUCCAAGUUCCGUAAGAGCCUCAUUUCUGGAAAAGUCAAGAUCUCCUCACAUUUUGUUGGCUGCUUAAUGAAGGAUUGUCCUCAGUUUAAUUCCAAUCACGCAGAGCUGGUGCUGGCAAACCCCAGUCCAAUCCUGAUCUACCAGAUCUCCUCCAACGAGACCAGAAUUUUAGUGGACAUCAGGGGAGAGAUGCCCCGAGACCUGUCAGCGUACAUGGUGGAGAAGAUUUAUCCUCAGCUACCAAGGCAUUUACAGGAGCCGUUUAUUCUCGCUCUGCAGAAUGACCGUCUGAGGACGAUGCCCGCAAGCUUCCUGCCACCUUCACCAGUCAACAAACCAGGAGUCCUGCUUCUGGGAGACGCCUACAACAUGAGGCAUCCUCUGACCGGAGGAGGGAUGAGUGUAGUGCUCAACGAUGUCCGCAUCUGGAGAGAGCUGCUCAGGAACAUUCCAGAUCUGUAUGAUGACAAUGCCAUGCUUCAGGCAAAGAAGAAAUUCUAUUGGGAACGCAAGUCAUCACACUCAUUCGUGGUGAACGUGCUGGCUCAAGCGCUUUACGAGCUAUUCGCAGCAACAGACAGUUCUCUGCACCAGUUAAGAAGAGCCUGCUUCCAGUACUUCAAACUGGGUGGAGAAUGUGUCAGUGGGCCAAUAGGUCUUCUGUCUGUGUUAACGCCAAAGCCCAUGACUCUGAUUGGACACUUUUUUGCUGUGGCCUUGUACGCCACCUAUUUCACGUUCAAGUCGGAGUCGUGGCUGAUGAAACCAAGGGCCUUGGUGAACAGUGGAACAAUUCUUUACCGUGCCUGUGCCAUUAUAUUCCCCCUCAUCUAUUCAGAGCUGAAGUACCUGGUGUACUGAACCACACUAACAGACAUGUGGCCAACCUAAAGACUGCAAUCAGACACAAAGGAACGCACUUAAUAGCACGGAGCGCUCCAAGAAAUGAACCAGCCGUGCCUUUCACCAUCACGCAUAUCUACAUUUCUAAACCUCAAAUCUGGCUAUUCAUAACGGUACAGUAUAAAGAGCUUGUAUCAUACAUCGACAAUGUGAUGAUUGCCUUUAAAGAACUUUGAAUUGGGUGUAUUCGUCACUGUUCUUUUAUGCAUUUAGUUCUUAAAAAGCCAGUUGGAAGAAAUCAUGGCCCUGAUGUUUUAAGCCAGUGCACUGCCACAGCUGUGGAAUUCUUCAUCUAAAGGAAAUAGUUGAGGGAACGUCACACACGUUCACUGUUUUUACUUGUGCCCUCAACACUGCAAUUUUUCCAGCGGUCAUGAACCAUGUGAGGGAAAACCUUCAUACAAGCUGUGAGAUAUUGAGAUAUAUAUAUAUAUAUAUAAUAUAUUUGUGUGUGUGUAUAUAGAUUUUGAAUGCAUUUGAAGCACCAUGUACACUUGGGAAACUGGAUCACUUGUACCUUUCCCUUUGGAGUCAAAUCCAAACAACCUCCACCUCACCUGUUUGCUUUCCAGAAUUAAUUCACCUUUGAAUAAAUAAAACCUUUUCAAUGAUCUUCGUAACUGUGUACAUACAUUCUUUUAUACCACAGUGCCGUGAAAUUCCCGAAUUCUGAUUUCUGGAACCAUCUGUCUGGUCAGAUGGUGUUGGUUCACUUUUAUUUAUUUAUUUAUUUUAAAAAAUGUGACUCACAAAUAAGUCCAAACCAAAAUAAAUGAGCUAAAAAUUCAGCUAUCAUUUCUACAGAGCAGCUGCUCCCAUGAUUUAAAGAUGGAGGAAGUAGAAACGGUGGUCCAGAGGUUCUUCAGAGAACCGAGUCUGUACCUUCUAGUACUACGUUUUCAUCUCUCAUGCUGGUUUUUCUACUUUUAGUACAAAAGUUCUACAUCUUCUGAAGCUGGAGAACUACACAAAGCGCCCACAAGGGGGCAGCAGCAACACUCAAAACACUUCAAGGUUUCUUAAAUCUGAAAAGCUGCUGCUGCUUUUUAAAAGGGAAGAAUGCAUGAGUGUGUUGUCAUGGUUACAGAUCAUGCACUUCUUUGACAUCACUUCCCUAAUGGCUUCCUUUAAUAAACUGUCUCAGUGGAAACCUGCUGCACUCGAAACUCCAUUUCGAUGUGCGCGUGUGUGCGUGCAAAAGUUUCAACCAUGUGGACUUUUUAACACAAGUUCAAAAAAAAAAAAAAAAAGAGAAGGAAUGAAUAGUUUGUCUCAGGUUACAAUAAUUUUUAUUUAUAUACUUUUUUAUUUUAUUUUUUAAACAUCACUACAUUAUAUUCCAGCAAAACAGCUGGAGCAUUUUGUUCACGCUGGACCUCGUCUGUGACUCCACAUGGACAGAACUCGCUGGUGUGGGAAGAGUGAUGAGGGUCUGAUGAAUACCUGCUCUUCAUCACCCUCCUCAUCCUCCCUCAGCCUGUGAACAGUGAAUCUACACACCAACAAAGACACGGCGUCGGGACGAGACGGGUGAGGAGAGAAUCGAAACCCCACUGGACUCGGACAUUAGAUUCAGGGCUUUGGCUACACUUUCCCAACAGUGUAGCAGAAAGCUCUUCAUAAACAGCUAACAUCUGUUCAUUUCUAAACACACACACACAAAUUAUAACAAAGACUGUACAGCUACUGCAAAGAUAGCUGAAAGCAUCUGGCUUUGAACUAGAUUAAAGUGCUAGAAGCAACCCAUCAAUCCACACUCUACAUAUUUGUCUGCUAAUAAUUAUAUAUUUAUAUAUAGGAACAAAUCUACUAUUUUAACAUGAAUUUACAGGGUAAUAUACUGUACAUUAUAUUGGUAACAGCUGAAAUAUCAGCACAAAAAAAGAUCACUGUCACACUUAACAGCAAUAUAUAAUUACAUAUAUAUAUUUAUAUAAUUUGUUAUAUAAUUAUGUACAUAAAUAUAUAAUUGUCAUUAUAUUUAUGAAAAAAAACAAAACAAAAAAAACGAGCUUUUCAAACGAUACCCUGAAAAGCAAAUUUUUUUUUUUGUCGAGACGUAAAAGCUUUUAAAAGUUUGUUUGAAAGAACGACGGGAAGAGGAGACAAAAAAGACCCCGUCUGGAUUAUUGAGGUUAACAAGAACAGUAAUUUGCAUAUUCCACAAAAUCUAUUGCGACACAUUACUGUCUACGAACAGUACACACGACCCUCCACACACACACACACACACACACACACACGGAGGAAGCUGAACUCGCACAUAAACCCACUGAACAGAACGGUACGACGAUGUUUUUUCUUCAUAGAUUAAGGGCUAUGUGCUUUACCGCGGUGAAUCUAUGAUGGUGAACGACAGAAAGACAAAUUCACAACGCUCAGAUAAUUCACUUCAGAAGAAACCCUGCCCGGAUGUACGCUCGCAUUUUAUUUGCUCUCGUUAUAGAUGCCGCCUUAAAUCAAGCGAUCCUGUUACCCGUCAAAACGUUUUAUUCUCAGACGACACAGGAAUGUGUUUGUAGUUACGUCCAUUUCUUGUUUCUGUCCAUCUCCAGUGAGGCCAUUGCAUUAGUGACAUCCAAGUAUGACCUGACGGAUGAAGCCUUCUGUCUCGGGCUGUAACAGGUCCAUCUCGUCCCAAACCUACGCCAGCGUCACCGUCUGAUGUUCAGAGCGCUCCAGUGGUCCCCUGUAACCGGUACAUGAACGCUCACUGAUGAUUGUCACGGUGCGUCUCCGCUUACUUCUGCUCACGUAAACACACCUUGCACUGAAGCUUGGAACAAAGUACACAUGGUAACAGCACGAGAAGAGAGAGAGGGAGAGAGUGGUGGGGAGGAGGGGGAGGAGAUUUCUGUUAAAUGCAGGAGUAACAUACGACAAGCAUAAAGAAAUUAUGCUUCUUUAAAACAGG